GUCACGCACAGUCGCGGCUCGAACGCCGUUCGAUGCGAACGUGUCGUUGUUACGGUCCGUCCUCGACCGCCCUCUCUGUCUACCUGUCUUUUUCUUUCACAUUUUUUCUUUCUCUUUCUCUCUCUCUCUCUCUCUCUCUCUCUCUUUCUCUCUUUCUUUCUCUCUCUCUCUCUCUCUCUCUCUCUAUCUUUCUCUCUCUUUCAUUCUUUCUCUCUCUCUUUCUCUUUGAUCAACCUGUCUCAUAUCAUUUUCCUUCUCUAUCUCUAUCUUUCUUCUCUUUUUUCUCUUUUUAUUCUAUCCUAAUCAUCAACGAAGACUCUACGAGGGAUUUGUAUAUACGAAAAAAUAAUAACAAACAACCAUUGACAGUCUUGAGUACUUUUUUCUCGAAGUUGUUCAUCGAACGAAAUACUAUCUAUCUAUCUAUCUAUAUAUAUAUAUAUAUAUACAUAUAUAUAUAUAUAUAUGUAUAUAUAUAUAUAUAGUAUACAUAUAGAUACAGAUCGAAGGUGUGACUCGGAUUAACGAUCUUUCUUUCUUUCUUUUUUUUUUAUUCGCGAGUGAUUAGUGACUUUAGUUUUCAUCGAGGAUCUCAGUGCUCGCGUUUCGUUAACAACGUUUGCUUACCUCUUCUCAUCCGAGAGAAAGAGAGAUAGUUGCGUCGCGAGCACGUGUCUUCGUAUAAUACAUCCGAGAGUUUUUGUUAUGGAGUAUCUCGAAUCAGAGAUUCGUUCGUCUAUUAAAAUUUUUUUAACGAAUACGACACGAUUUAUCUCAAUCCCAUGCAAGGCUUUCGAAAUGAUCAACGUGAUAAUAGAGAAGAUAGGAAGGAAAUAAUAUAUACAAGGAGAAAAAAGUAAGAGAUAAGGAAAAAAAGAAGAAGAGAGAGAAAAAAAAAAGGAAAGAAAAGAAAAGAAAAGAAAAAGAUAAUUAUUAAAAUCGAAAGAAAAAAAACGGAGGUAAACAAACGAACGGGGAGUGCUGUGUCUGUCAUAAAUGGCGGUGACUCGCGAGCCCUGGAAUGCUCGCUGAGAGCUUGUUCUUAGGAAGGGAAUGGAUUUUCAGAGCGCGAUGGACACGUUCGUCGAGGCAUGGAUGGCUGCUAACACAAAAAACGAUCAAGUACAGAGUCAAGCGUUGGCAUUGACGCAUAAGACGUCGCCACCUUCGAGACCUAGUAGUGUCUCGUCCUUACCAAGGAGUCCGCAGUCUCAUCAGUCUCAACAGUCGCAGCAACAGAGCACCCCUCAACCCCCGCCGAGCACGCAUCCUCACCAGUCGCAGACUCCCCUUGGCGCGUCCUCCCAUCAAACACCGUUCUCUGCUCACAAUCAGCACCCAAAGCAAGAAAUUGUUGCGAGCCCGAAACAGGAAGGCUUUGACCUUAGCAAGUCAGCCUCCAGCACCGCGAAAAAUCUUCCGGUUCAUUGCGUCGUCGAGACAAUUCAUAACAUCGUCGAGAGUCAUGCUAGCAAUGCACGUGAAAAUUGGCGAAGACCUCAGAUCGAGACCGAUUCUUAUGUAAUCAUUCCGGUUGCGAUGCCUUUUCAGGAUUUAGUAGGCGAGGCAUUGGUCCGGCUGGGUUACUCGAGCGAUUUGAUACCAAGCGCGAGAGGUAGCAUAGUGAUAAGAAACUGGAAACCUCUGCCGAUGGAAAAAGUAGCUGAAGGUCCACUUUUAACCGUUGGCGAUAUCCUUGCGGAACUUACUUCGGUAGCAACCUUGAAAAUUCAGGUUUACAGAUCGAGACCACCACCUCCUAGUCCCGCAGCCGAAGUUAGAAAUAAAUUGCUCAGGCUGCUUUUACUUCAUAGCCACGCGCUUCUCGUUUCCGCAGGAUGUCCUUUGGACGAGAUGACACUGUUGUCGCUCUGUAGAGGCGGCAACGAUCUGUCGGAGGAGACCAAGAGGAAUUUUGAGUCUUGGCUACAGCAACAACAAUUGGGUCUUGGUCUGAAUCCGAUCGUACCAUCCUCGAAUCAUCAUCAUCAUCAUACCCAAAGUCCUCAACCAGAUGGUAGCGGACCAAUUGGCGCUGGGAGUGGUGCGAUUGGGCCACCACAUCCAGCCCUUUUACAAUACUCUCAUAAAACACGUAUGAGAACUAGCUUCGAUCCAGAACUCGAGUUACCACGACUUCAACGUUGGUUCGGUGAGAAUCAGCAUCCAACACGACAACAAAUACAACAUUACGUGACGGAAUUAAAUUCGUUGGAGUCACGACGGGGUAGAAAACCAUUGGACGUGAACAACGUCGUUUAUUGGUUUAAAAACGCAAGGGCUGCUCAGAAGAGAGCUGAGACUAGGGGUGUCAACGGUUACAGUCCACCAGGACUGAGUCCAAGAGGCGCCAGUAUUGUUAGUGAAGAUUGUUCCGACGAGGAGGAAGACUCUAGGCAUCAGUCGACGUCACCGUCGCCCUGCCCACCUAGUAGCCCACCGGUCGGUCCAUUGUCCUUGACUACACGACCAGAGGAUCAACAACCGCCACCUUCGACGCCAUCUUUGGUCAAACAAGAGGACACCAGAGUAUCAUCUGGUUCCGAGGACGAAGAGGCUAGACCGACUGGUCCUCUUCCACCAGGAUUUUCAUUAGUACCCAGUCCAAUGUUUGGGCACGGCAUUAUGUACAUGUCACAUUAUUUGCCACCACGUGGACCAGCUGGAUGUCCAACGAGUAUGCUCGACGAAAGGAGAAAGAGAAAUCGGACAUUCAUUGAUCCCGUGACGGAAGUACCCAGGCUCGAGACUUGGUUCACUCACAAUACUCAUCCGAGCCAUGCGCUCAUUCUCAAGUACACGGAGGAAUUAAAUCGAAUGCCCUAUCGUCAAAAAUUUCCACGAUUGGAGCCGAAGAACGUGCAGUUUUGGUUCAAGAAUCGUAGGGCCAAAUGUAAGCGAUUGAAGAUGGCCUUAUUCGAAGGAGAGUCACCUCAACAACAUCCAUACCACGCAGAUUAGUUCCUUUUACCUUAAUCGCAUUAAACUAGAGACACUCAGCUCAACUCUACUGAAGAAGAAACAGAAGAAGAAGAAAAAGAAGGAGCAGGAAGAAGAGGAGAAGGAGGAGAAGGAGGAGGAAGAGGACGAGUAAGGAUUCGUGAAGAAACUCAAACGAAUGCGAAUCGUGUUGUUAUAAGAAAAAAAAAAAAAAAAAAAAAGCCGAAUACUCGAAUGCACUAUUACUUUGAUCGUGUCGACUCGCUGUCGGCCAUCUUUAUUGUAAUUAUAUCGCGUAAUGAUUAAUAUAAUUAACAUGGAAUUUGAUCAAUGUAAAUACGAGAACGAUGUCGAAUAAAUCUGUAUGUCACGAU